AUGCCCCUUUUCAAAAAAACGGUACCCCAGACAAAAGUAAAAUCUUCACCAAGUUUUGUUAUAAAGGAUCGGUUUCUUGUUCAGUGUCGUAUCGGAAAAGGUUCUUUCGGAGAUGUAUACAGAGGAAGAGAUUUGAACACAAAUGCAAACGUUGCUAUUAAAAUUGAGCGUUUGAAAAGUUCCGAUAUCUGCCAUUUGUAUUUGGAGAAGGAUAUAUAUAGACGUUUAAAUAUUUCCAACGUCACAGUGGGGAUUCCCAAUAUUUACUACUAUGGGGUUUUAGAGAAUUAUGCGAUACUAGUAAUUGAUCUGUUAGGUCCUAGCUUGGAGGAUCUUUUUUCAUAUUGCAAUUCCUCGUUCAACUUAAAGACGGUUUGCAUGCUUGGCGUCCAAAUUUUCCAGCGGUUGGAGUACAUCCACAAGAUUGGUCUCAUAUAUCGUGAUAUCAAGCCCGACAACUUUGUUAUGGGAUUAGGUCCCCGUUCGCAUAUUCUGUACGUCAUCGACAUGGGCCUUUCAAAGUAUUGGCGGACUCCUUCUGGAAAACACCUAAAUUUUGUUCAGGGUAAGGCGCUUACAGGGACGGCGCGAUACGUCAGCAUUCAUACACAUAACGGCUUAGAGCAGUCUCGACGUGAUGAUGUGGAGUCGGCCGCUUAUUUGAUUAUGUAUCUCCUCCGCGGUAACUUGCCUUGGCAGGGUGUGAAAUGUAGCGACACAAAUUAUAAAACAAUAGGUGUUUCGAAGGCGCAGAACACGGGAUCCAAACUUGCAAGCGGGUACCCAGUCCAAUUUGCCGAACUUGUUAACCAGGUACGGAGUCUUGGGUUCAAUGAAGAGCCACACUACAAGUUGUAUGUUUCCCUUUUAUUAAGUGUCAUGAAUAUGAAUUCGGAAAAUUUCGAUUAUAAUUAUUCAUGGUGUGGGAUGCCUUCUUUAAUACACCCUAAAGCUCCGGUAAAACAUACAUAG